AUGCUAGAAGUCACUUCGUCCUGCUUUGCUCCUCUGAUCUCGUCUACUCUGCUUUCUUUUGGAGGUAACCUUUACACUCCCGGCUGCUUCGCGAUCCAGAAGAAGACUUCCCUGCUUUGCACACCCUACCGAUGCCCUGCUACGCAAUCAACGCCCAUAGCUAGUAUGCUUAGCGCAAUUCCCGAACUCGCAUGCCGGAUGCGCUCCCUAGCACAGAGCCAUGGGCAUGAUGUUCGACCGGAGGUGCUUACCCGGAGGCAGGUUUUCAUCACAUUUUCCGAUGCUAAAUCCAACGCCCCCCCAAGAGUGACAGACAAGGCUGCGGCCUGGAAGAGGGUUCAGCGGGGCUUCGCCUGCCUAACUAGGUUCUAUCGACCGCUGUGCCCACGCCGCAUGAGCUUCCUCUCAAGUGACAGAAGCCUCCAGCGCGACCCGGAAACCGCCCAACCGCCGUUGAACGUUGCCCGGCGCUGGGGUUUGCAGUUCCGCUUCGCAUGCUCAUCACAAACCAUAUGCCGUGUGGCAGCCAUUGAAAAACGGCCGUCAAGCGCCUCUGCACGAGAGUGGACUCCGAAACUUUGCAUCUGGUUCCGCUGCAUCACCGCGAUACGGCCGAGGAAAGUACCCCGGAUCCACUACGAACUCGUAUCUGCAGCGCUGCCUUGGUCAGUUUCGACAGAUUCGGAAGAGCUUUCAAAGAAAACGUCACAUCGCACAUCGCACGUCGCCAUGUCCAUGUCUUUCCGGCUGACCAGCUCCAUGCAAAGGCCGUCGAGCCAGGCAUAUGAAGUUCUCUGA